GUCGGGUCUCGCACGGACGGCGCACGGAGCCGCGCUACUGGGCGGGGUGGGACAGGGCGGAGCAACCCGGGAGCUUUAAAGAGCCCAAAACAUAGUCCCCACCCAGGCUGCUGCAUCUCUCCUGCCGGACACCAUGGCCGAGAACUCCAAGAUUCAGCUGUUUGUCAAGGCCAGUGAAGAUGGUGAGAGUGUCGGGAACUGUCCCUCCUGCCAUCGUCUCUUCAUGAUCCUGCUACUCAAAGGUGUCCCCUUCACACUCACCACUGUGGACACCAGGAGGUCCUUGGAUGUGCUGAAGGACUUUGCCCCCGGUUCCCAGCUGCCCAUUCUGCUGUAUAAUGGGGAAGCCAAGACAGACACCAUCCAGAUUGAAGAAUUCCUGGAAGAGAUGCUGGGCCCCCCCAGCUUCCCUAGCCUGGUUCCUCAGUAUAAGGAAUCUAGCAUAGCCGGUAAUGAUGUCUUCCACAAGUUCUCAGCUUUCAUCAAAAACACUUCUCCUGCUCAGGAUGAAGCUCUGUACCGGACCUUACUUCGUGCCUUGAUGAAACUCGAUCAGUACCUGAGCACCCCGCUGGAGCAUGAGCUGGCCCGGGACCCGAAGCCCGCCCAGUCCCGGCGUCGCUUCCUGGACGGCGACCGGCUCACCCUGGCGGACUGCAACCUCCUGCCCAAGCUGCACAUCGUCAAUACCGUGUGCACCCAUUAUCGGCAGUCCCCCAUCCCCGCGGAGCUCCGCGGCCUGCACAGAUACCUGGAAAAUGCAAAGCAGCAGAGGGAGUUCAAGUACACCUGUCCCCAGAGCUCCGAGAUCCUGGCUGCCUACGCCUCGGUGGCCCGAGCUCGCUGAGCUCGGCCGGCUCUUCCCGGGAAUCCGUCCAACCUGGCUCUUGCUCCUCCCUACAGCAGCCUUUGGGGCGCACGGACUGGCUCCUGGGUCACCCCUCUGGGAGCACGCAACCUGCGCCCCCUCCAUCAUUGCACACUUUCGCCCACAUCCCCCCAAGUCACCGCUUCCAGGAUUUCCCUGAUUGCGCUGGACCUUUCUCGUUUCUAGCAGCCGCUGCUCUCCUGGGUUUGGUUUAGACUUAAUUGCUUCAAAGGAGUGUCCAUAAAUAUAUUCUCUGUCACAUCCGUGCCCAGGCGUGACUCAUUUUCCUGAGGGCAGGGGAUGUGAACAGGCCCCGAUUCUCCGGCCCUCCAUCUCCGGCCUGACCCCAAAUCUGGCCCCUCAAUCCUCAGGCCGUGCUCCCCUCUCCCCAAUGACCUCUGACCCUGCCUUCCCUCAAGCCCUCCCUGUGAUACCUCAGAAUGGCAGACACCAAAUACCUGUCAUCCCGGACUCUCGCCAGACUUAACAUCCAGCUGCCAGGGUGGGGCUUCCUCGGGCUGCCUCCCAGACACACGAAGGCCCACCCUCUCCGGACUCGGAGGACUAGAACUGCUCCUCAAACCAGUUGGGCUGGGGUGAGAACAGCAGAAAAGGUCUAGAUAGGCUGGGUGAGAGGGCAGGGCCGGGAGCCGCCUCCCUGAGCUGGGUGGGGAGAAGAGUAAAGUUGGGAAUGUUUCUGGCCGGCCUGACCACAUUUCUCCCAAGCCCACCGGUUAAACCAGCUUCUGCUUCCUAGCCACUAACCCAUCCUUGCCCCCUCCCAUCCUCUGCCUUAGCAUUGCUGGGGUCUGGAAGUAGACCCUACCCGCUGUGUAAGAGUUAGGUUCAAAUUCUGGCUGACAUUUAAUUGCUGUGUGUGUGUGACCGGUUCUGUCACUAUUGCUGAAAUCAGAGCACAGGUUCAAAUUCUGUCUUGGAUAUUUAAUAGUUUUGUGUCUCUGGUCACUUCAAAGGCUCUUUGAGCCUUGGUUUACUCAUUUGUAAAAUAAAAAUAUUACACUAAUAAAACUGGGCUAUUGUGAUGAAAGCACAUUGUAAUCUUAAAUCAACAGAGAAAUGUGAGCCAUUAUUAUAGAUGCAAAUUGUUUAUCUAUAUAUUUGUGUAUCUAAAACUGGACUGUACAUAUAUUUGUAUAACUAUACAUAUAUCUUUAUACAUCUAUAUAUCUCUAUGAAUGUGUCUGUAUGGCUAUCUAGUCCUAUGUAUCUGUAUGUAGCACAUCUGAUUGGGUGGCUAACGUCCUUUUCUGAUUUGGGGAUCUGUGGGGUGACCUUUACAGACUCUUCAGCCUCAGGUUCAUAGGUAUUUAUAGGAUCCAGGCCAGGGUGAAACACCUUGGAUAGGGUAGAGGAAGGGAAAGAGCAUUUAUUAAACCUAUAUUUAAUGUAUAGAAGAACUGCACAUGUGUAACAUAUAUUAGAUUAUUUGCCAUUGAAGGGAGGAAGUAGGGGGAAGGGAGAAAAAAAUUUGGAACACAAGGUUUUACAAGAGUGAAUUUUGAAAACUAUGUAUAUACUUUGAAAAUAAAAAGCUUUAAAAAAAAAUCAACAA